AUGGCAAAUUUAAUGCGAGCAAUUUCGGUCAGCGAGUUCGGAGAUGCUAAUGUAUGUAAACCAGCAAAAGAUAUACCCAUUCCCGAUAUAAAACCUCGAGAAGUAUUAAUUCGUGUAUAUGCCGCUGGUGUCAAUCCAGUAGAUACAUAUGUUCGAUCAGGUACAUAUGCUCGUUUACCUAAUCUGCCAUAUACUCCUGGAAUGGAUUGUGCUGGUGUUAUUGAACGAGUUGGUGAUGAAGUUACUAAAUUUAAGGUUGACGAUCGUGUAUUCACAGUAAAGACUGUUACAGGCAGUUAUGCUGAAUAUUGUGUUGCUAAUUGCAAUUAUGUUUUUCCUUUGCCAUCAAAUGUUUCAUUCGAAGAAGGCUCAGCACUUGGUACACCCUAUUUUACUGCUUAUCGAGCACUUGUUAUCAAAGGUCAGGCGAAACCCAAUGAAACAGUUUUAGUUCAUGGUGCUAGUGGAGGAGUUGGCAUUGCAGCUGUACAAAUAGCAAAAUCACUUGGUUUACGUGUUAUCGGUACAGCAUCUACCGAGCAAGGUCUACAAGCAGUAAUUAAUCAAGGUGCUGAUCUUGUAUUUAAUCAUAAAAAAGAGGGAUACAUUAACGAUAUUGUAAAUGCUGUGGCCGAUAAUGAAGGAAUCGAUAUAGUAAUUGAAAUGUUAGCAAAUGUUAAUUUAAAUUAUGAUAUGCAAAUGCUGAAAUCUAGAGUUGGUAGAGUUAUUGUUGUCGGUAAUCGUGGUACAAUCGAAAUUAAUCCGAGACUUUUAAUGAGUAAAGAAACAAGCGUUUGUGGUGUUGGUUUAUUUAGUACUAGUGACGAUGAAUAUGAAAUGAUUAAUUCUUAUUUACAAAAAGGUCUUGCGGAUGGGCAUUUCAAGCCACUUCUUAGUCAAUUGUAUUCAUUAGAAGAAGCAGCACAAGCUCAUAAAGAUGUUAUACUCAACAGCGGUGCAUGUGGAAGACUUACACUUAUAAUAUAA